AAAAAGUAAAUACACGCGAAAAGACAAGCAGAUCGAGUAGUUGUAUAUUCAACUUCAACAAGAGAAGAUGUUUCAUCUUCGCUCUAUUUGUAUCUUCACUUUCCUCCUCUUCCUAUCUCCGUUGGCGUUGGCGGCGGAGCAGAAGCAAGAGUUCGCCGUUGAUGGGAACGUAUUGGAACUUGAUGAAUCCAACUUCGACGCCGCAAUUUCCACAUUCGAUUAUAUCUUCGUCGAUUUCUAUGCACCUUGGUGUGGUCAUUGCAAACGCCUUUCUCCUCAGAAAGAAGCUGUUUUUCAUGAACAACAAAGUUCAAGGGGCUACGGAAAACACUGCUGGAGGCUGAUCUUAGCAACUGGAUUAGCUUGUUUUAUGGUCAGUGAGUUGAACAAAGCUGCUGUCAAUCUUGCUGUACUGAAGCAACCCAUUGUAAUUGCAAAAGUAGAUGCUGACAAAUACAGUCGUCUUGCUUCUAAAUAUGAAAUUGAUGGAUUUCCAACUUUAAAGAUAUUCAUGCAUGGAGUACCAACAGACUACUAUGGACCAAGAAAAGCAGAUUUACUUGUGCAAUUUUUGACGAAGUUUGUCGCUCCUGAUGUGGCCGUACUGAAUUCUGAUCCUGCUAUUAGUGAAUUUAUUGAAGAAGCUGGCAGAACUUUUCCUAUAGUCAUAGGCUUUGGCUUGAAUGAGUCUGUCAUAUCACAUUUGGCUGUGAAAUACAAGAAAAAUGCAUGGUUUUCUGUGGCAAAAGGUUACUCGAAUAAAACAAUGGAAUACUAUGAUUUUGACAAAGUACCUGCAUUGGUAGCCCUUCAUCCGAGCUACAAUGAACAGAACAUAUUUUAUGGCCCCUUUGAAGAAAAGUUCCUUGAGGAUUAUAUCAAACAGAGCUUGCUCCCUCUGGCUUUACCUAUUAAUCAAGACACUCUGAAGGCGUUGAAAGACGACAAGAGGAAAAUUGUUCUAACAAUUAUGGAAGAUGAGAAUGAUGAGAGGUCAAAAGGACUAGUAAAACUUUUGAAAGCUGCUGCAUCUGCAAACCGUGACUUAGUGUUUGCUUUUUUUGGGUUCAAGCAAUGGCAAGACUUUGCCGAGUCAUUUGAAGUAUCUAAGAAAACUAAACUACCAAAGAUGAUUGUGUGGGACGGAGACGAGGAGUAUUCUUCAGUCAUCGGCUCAGACAGUGUUGAAGAUGAAGAUCAGGGGUCCCAAAUUACGCGGUUUCUUCAAGGAUACAGGGAAGGGAAUGUUAUACAGAAACACAUCACUUCAGAUGCUUACAAGGCUUUCAGAAACUCAAUGUUUGGGAUCGGAGCAGUUAUCCUUAUUCUCGUUGUGAUACUGGUGGUGACGAUGAUGCAGUCUCUUAAAGAGGAGCCCUCAAGAGAACAGGUUGAUCAUCCAGGGAGCUCCAUAUCUCCAUCAGAAGCCAAAGAAGCACUUCGUUCUGGGGAUAAAGAAGACAAGAUAGAUUAAGUUCACUUUUUGGAACAUUUAUUUCAAUCUACUUCCACUUGAUGAGCAUUUGACAUGGCAGCCUCAGAUAGAUGUUUUAAGUUUCAGAUCCAUCAUUAUCAUUAGCGAAUAAACAAAGAGUUAUACUUGCAGCAUUGCUUUGUAGGAUGCUCUGCGUCCACGCUGGGAAAGGAAUGCUUCAGUGGAAGUGGUGAUUUAUUUAUUGUUGAGUUAUACUUGCAGCAUUGCUUUGUAGGAUGCUCUUCGUCCACGCUGGGAAAGGAAUGCUUCAGUGGAAGUGGUGAUUUAUUUAUUGUUGAAGUUCUAGAGAAAAUGGAGACAUUUUUUUGUGCUGUGUAUAAUGAGUUCAAAACCAAUAACGAGAAUGCUACUCUGUUUUAUUCUUAUAAGUACAUAGUAAUUUGUUAAAUUCCGCAGCUUGUUAAAAGGUGUUAUUCAGAAGCUGUUGUAAGUCGGGCUAGGCUUGAAGAUUUUAAGAGCAAUAAGUUGACAUGUCAAUAUGUCGAUUGAAUUA